UCCCUCGGGUGGUUCACAACGGCAAGUGGAGCCACAUCUGCCUCCGAAGGGGAGACCUCAGGCAGCGAAGGAACCACCGCCUCCAGUGGCACAACGGCAAGUGGAGCCACAACCGCCUCCGAAGGGGAGACCUCAGGCAGCGAAGGAACCACCGCCUCCGGUGGCACAACAAUCUCGGGUGGCACAACGGCAAGUGAAGCCACAACCGCCUCCGAAGGGGAGACCUCAGGCAGCGAAGGAACCACCGCCUCCGGUGGCACAACAGUCUCGGGUGGCACAACGGCUAGUGGGGCCACAACCGCCUCCGAAGGGGAGACCUCAGGCAGCGAAGGAACCACCGCCUCCGGUGGCACAACAGUCUCGGGUGGCACAACGGCAAGUGGAGCCACAACCGCAUCCGAAGGGGAGACCUCAGGCAGCGAAGUAACCACCGCCUCCGGUGGAACAACAGUCUCGGGUGGCACAACGGCAAGUGGGGCCACAACUGCCUCCGAAGGGGAGACCUCAGGCAGCGAAGGAACCACCGCCUCCGGUGGCACAACAGUCUCGGGUGGCACAACAGCAAGCGGGGCCACAACGGCAAGUGGAGCCACAACCGCCUCCGAAGGGGAGACCUCAGGCAGCGAAGGAACCACCGCCUCCGGUGGCACAACAGUCUCGGGUGGCACAACGGCAAGUGGAGCCACAACCGCCUCCGAAGGGGAGACCUCAGGCAGCGAAGGAACCACCGCCUCCGGUGGCACAACAGUCUCGCGUGGCACAACGGCAAGUGGGGCCACAACCGCCUCCGAAGGGGCGACCUCUACAGAGUCUGGUGAAACAACAGUGUCUAGUGAAACAACAACACAAUCACAAUCUACCUCUACAGAAUGCAAACCAGCUCCUGAUGAUAUUGCAAAAGAAAUUAUUGACUUGAAUAAAGAUCUAGGUGAUCUUCAGCUUCAAAUUGAAAUCACGACUAUGCAGCUUGUAAAUUGUUCUGAGGAUGCUGGGAAAAUUCAAGAAGUUAAGAUACUGUCAUCAAAUCUAGAAGCUUUAGUGACAGAGCUGAAUAACAUUAUUAGGAAGUUGGAGGAUCUUCAAGGAGGUCGUCGUCGGUUCCUUCUGUCAUCUUCCAUCUUGUCAAUGCUCAACUCUGCUGGUAUUCAAACCGAUGACUGCACUCUGACUGGAGAAUCACUCCUAACCUCAAUCAGGAACAUGGAAAGGAUGUUGAACACCCUCCAGAGUAGCCCUAUGGCAGACAGGACACAGGAAGAGUUAGCUUGUACAGCCCGGAAAAUGUUGGCAGCAUUCUCUAAUGUGGCCACUGGAACGGCAACACUCGCCGAAGAUGAAAAGGAGGAGGUGCAGUUGAUCUUGAACAACCUCAGUCAAUACAAGUUCAAGGAGUUUUCAAAGUCACUCGCUGAGAGCCAAAAAUCCAAGGAAGCUUUGAAGCGCAGCUUGGAGAAUCAUCUUGAGGAUCUGGCCAACAGGAAGAGACAAGUAGAAGAAGCUCUCGCAGUUGCCAGUUCUCGCUAGACAUCGCAUCUGGGCGAUGGCUUCCUAUCUAUCCUAAUUCAAUCUGGCAAUAGUCCAUCUUCAAGAAAACGUUGCUAACUGAAUUAUAGAGAGAAAACGACUCUUCGCAUUUAAUGAACUAUGAUGAAUGCCAAGUUAUUGCCAGAAACUCAAUUCUACGAUGAUGAUUGUGAUAAUACCAAAUUUGUGAUAUUCAAGAAUAAAUAAUGACUUGACGGGAA